AUGAAUAAUGAAAAGAAAACCGAAUUUAGACUUGACCAAUCAACGGCUAGUAAUGGUCUAUUUACUGUUAUAGAAAGGAAGCCAUUAGCGUCCUUGGAAAACAAUGAGAGUCUUAAUUUUAGUAAUUUUAAUGAUCCUUUAAAUGCAUCAGUUGAUGAAGAAUUAAAAAAGAAAGAGGACUAUAAUAAUGAUAGUAAUAAUGUUGAUAAUAUUAUUAAUAAUAGUAAUAACCAGAGUGAUAAUAUAUGUGGAAUAUACAGAUUAAACAGCUCCCAAUUAUUAAAUGAAAACCUAGACAAUACGUUAAGCAGAAUAAGUUAUGUAGAUGAUGACGUGUCAUCUUUUUUUGAUUCAGAUAAAGAAGAGGAACUUUAUUUUGAUAAUGACAUUUCGACUCUUGGUUCAUGUUAUUCUUUUUCUACACCUAAUAAAAUAUAUAAGAAGAAAAAAACAAGGACUAGCAUGAACGGUAUACAUAAACAUGCAAGAGAACACAAUAAUUUAUUAUUAGAAAAAAAUGAAGAGAAAAAGAACUCACCACUUAUUCAUAAUAAGAAAGAUGAAAAAAAUAAUUAUUAUUAUAAAGUAGAAGGAGGAUCAAAUGAAGAUUAUUAUGAUAUAAUGAACAAGAAUAUAAAAAAAAAAAAAAAAAAUGGUUUCUUAAAAGAUCAUUAUUUUAAAGAAGAUCUAAAUGUUAGUAAUGAUGAUAUAAAUAUACAUUCUAUGGUAUCCAAUAAUAAUAGUGAUCAUUCAGAUCAAAGUAAUAAAAGUGAAAAAUUAUUUAAUAAAGAAAUGGUACCUAUUAUAAAUGAUAAUGAAGAAAAAGCUAUAAGACUAAAUAAAAAUAUUUAUAGGGUAGUUAAUAUUAAUAAGGGAGAGGAGAAAAAUAAUAAACAAAGUUUUAUAAGAAGAAUUACACAAAUAAGGAGAAGCAUGAUCAAUGAAAAGAAUUUUCAAAAAAUUAAUGAUGAUCAUGAUGAUGAUAAUAAGUAUAAUAAGAAGUAUGACCAUGGUGAUAGUCAUCAUCAUAAAUAUAAUAAAAUGUAUGACCAUGUUGAUGGUCAUCAUCAUCAUCGUCAUCAUUAUAAAUAUGAUAAGAGAUAUGAUCAUAAUGAUAAAGACCAAAUAGAAUAUCACAAUGAUGUAGUAGAUCAAGAUGAACAUGUAUAUAAUGAAAAUACGAAUAAUAAAAAUAGUGAAUCGAAGAAUUAUUCAAAUUAUAAUAAUAGAUUUAGUGAAGGUUAUAUUCUUAAAAGAGAUAAUAAAAUGGCUAGAUAUAAUAGCGAUAAACGAGUGAAAUAUAAACAAUUAAAUAGUGAUGAGGGAUAUGAAAAUGUUUCAAAAUAUAUAGAUAAAGAAAAAUAUUCUAAUAUAGAUUCUAAUAUAUAUUAUAGAGAAGAUGAUUAUCCAGAUUAUUAUAAUGAUGUUCCACCACGAUAUAAUGAUUAUUAUAAUCAUAUAUCUGAUAGAAAUGAUAAGAAAAAUGAAUUAAAUGAAAAUUCGUAUUAUUAUAAACAUGUAACAUAUAAUGAAAAAAAUAUGUUUAUAAAAAAUAAUGAUAAUAAAGAAAAUGAAUCAUAUGAUGAGGUUCAUUAUAAUGAUGAUAAAUAUAUAGAUAAUCCAUAUGAUGAUAGAUAUUAUAAUGUUAAUCGAGAUCAAUAUAAUAUUUAUAAUAAUGAAGAUAAUAUACAUAAAUCUAAAUAUAUGAAUAAAAAUUAUUAUAAUAAAGGAAAUGCUUUAAAUAAUUAUUAUGAAGAAGAAAGAUUAAAACGAUAUGGUUCAUAUGAUGAAAAGGUUGAUAUUAAAAAAGGUGACGAAGAUGAUUAUAUAUAUAAUAAUAACAAUAAUAAUAAUAAUAAUAGUGUGGAUGAAAAAAUACCUACCGUAGAUAAGGAUAAACAUAAUCUUGAUAUAAAUAAUAUAUACGAUGAUAAUAAUAGUUAUGCAUAUAAUCAUCAUAUUGUAGGAGGAACCAAUAAUACAACAUAUUUAAAAAAUAUAUCAAAGAAAAGUUAUAAGAGAAGAGAAGAAAAUGAUGAGAUAGAUAAUGAAAACGUACAUUUAGAAUCUGGAGAAGAAGAAUAUCGAAUGAUGCAUAAAAAUAAAAAUACAACAUUUAAACAUAUAGAUGAAAAUAAAAUGUAUUAUAAACAUAAUGAACUAUUGAAUGAAUAUAAUACAAUUGAAGAUCCAGAUAAUCUAAAUAAUAAUAUGAAUAGGAAUAAGAAUAUAUAUAUACAUGAAAAUCGAAUUAGCAACCAACAAAAUAAUAAGUUCAACGUUAAUAAUAAUGAACUAGAGGCAGACGAGAAAAAAAAUAAAAUGGAUAACAUGUAUUAUAAUAAAGAAAGAAAUUAUUUAAUAAAUAAUCAGGAAUAUAAUAAAAAUUAUAUUUAUAGAAAUGAAUAUUAUAAAAACGAAAAAAAUGUAUAUCUUGAUAGUUAUCCAUACGAAAUGGUUGAUCAGAAAAAUAAAUACACAUCUAACAUGAAUAAUGAAUAUGAUAAUAAAGAUUCUUCUUAUUUAUAUGAUGAUGUUUCUUCAUCUUAUAAUCAAAAAAAAUAUACUAAAUUAAUAAUGAAGGAUAAUUUGUAUAACAAUAAAUAUAAACAUAAUAAUUAUGAUAAUCAUAAUAAUAUUGAUGAGCAUGAUGUAUAUUAUAAACAUCCUUAUGGAAUAGAAGAAGGAAGAGCAUAUGAUAAAAAUUAUUAUCAAGAUAAUGAAUUAAAUGAUCACAAUUUAAAUUAUAGUGAUGAUUACAUGCAUACAAAAGUUAAUAUGCAUGAUGAUCAUGAUAAUAAUAUGGAUGAUAAGAAUAUAUUAUAUAAUAAUAUGAAUCCGACAGAUGAUAGUAAUAAUAAUAAUAAUAAUAAUAAUGAUGAUGAGGAUAAUAAUAAUAAUAAUAAUAAUAAUAGAUAUCAUUUAAUGAAUCAAAGAAAUAUAUAUCCAAACAAUGUCCCUAUGAAUUAUGUUGGAGAAAUGAAUGAAAAUAAAAAUAAUUAUAUCCUACCAGAUAAACAAAAUAUCCCACCAAGUGAUGAGAAAAGAGAAGAAAACUCAAGAAAUAUUAUAAACGAAACGAACAAAGAUGAUCAGGAAAAUAUAAAUAAUAUGAAUAAUUUAAAUAUGGUCAAUAAUAAUAUGAACAAUUUUGUAUUACCAAAUAUUAAUGGAAUGGUUGUUCCUACUACGACUGUACCAGCUAAUAUUGUAACUGCUAAUGUAGUACCGGCUAAUAUUGUACCAGCUAAUAUUGUACCAGCUAAUGUAGUACCGGCUAAUAUUGUACCAGCUAAUAUUGUACCAGCUAAAAUUGUACCAACUAAUGUUAUACCAAAUAAUAUUAUACCAACUAAUGUUGUACCUACCAGUGUUGUACCUACCAAUGUUGUUCCUACUAAUAUAGUGCCAAAUGUACCUAUUACAAAUAAUAAUAUUCAAAAUAAUAAUAACUUGGAAAACAUAAAUAAAACUAAUGAUAACCCACCAGCACCUGUUAAAAGAAAAAGGGGACGACCUAAAAUGAAAAAAACACCACCGGAAGAAACACAACCGAAUGAUUUGGCUAGUAAUAGUAAUGCUUCUUCAUCAUAUCAAGCUACUAACACAAAUAUUCAAAAUAUGAAUUUAAAUAAUUUGAAUCAUAAUCUCGUAAAUGAUAUCAAUCAACCUUUAUAUACUACUAAUCUUAAUACAAUUAUGAAUCCACCAUUUAAUAAUCAACUAGCCAAUACUGUUAUAAAUCUUCCUUUAGAUCAGCAGGUCGUACAACCAUUAGGACAUCAAGUGGUGCAACCCCUUGGUCAGGCAAUAAAUUAUCAGGUAAUUCCACCACCUCAGACGAUAGGACAACAGCUAGCUGAACCGAUUAACCAGCAAUUGAAUAAUCAACUGAGUCAACAAAUAAACCAACAUAUAAAUCAGCAAAUGGGUCAACAAAUAAACCAACAUAUAAAUCAACAUAUAAAUCAACAAAUGAAUCAACAAAUGAAUCAACAAAUGAAUCAACAAAUGAAUACACAGUUAGAUCAACAAAUAAAUCAACAUAUAAAUCAACAAAUGAAUACACAAUUAGAUCAACAAAUAAACCAACACGUGAAUCACCAAUUAAAUCAACAUGUGAAUCACCAAUUAAAUCAGCACAUGAAUCAUCAGUUAAAUCAACACGUGAAUCACCAAUUAAAUCAACCUUUAAGUAUGACUAUGAAUCAACAAUUUAAUCACGCUUCUUUAUAUAAUAAUACCAAUAAACCAUUGAAUCCUUCCUUAUAUGUAGUGCCAAAUAUGAUGAAUAAUAAUUACAAUGGAAUAAUGAAUGAAGAGCAAUUGGGACCCAUUUUUAAUAAUAAUGAUAACGAACAAGUAAAUAAUGUGGAUCCAAAUUUUUAUUAUAGAAAUAUGGAACAAGAGAAAAGUCAAAACGAUGAUUUUUCUUAUGAAGAUGAAGAAGAAAUGAAUAGAAAUAAUAAAAAGAAUACAAGGUCCACUGUAAGUGAAUCAGAAGGACAACAUUCAGAGAAAGAAUUUCCAAAAAUUCAUAAAAGAAGAGGAAGAAGAAGAAAAAAAGAUAUUGAGCAGCAAACUAAUGAAUUUAAACAAAAUAAUGAUCAAGUUAAUGUAAAUGAGGAUACAAGAGAUGAGAAUAAAAGUGAUCCUGGAUAUUCAACUUUUAUUGAUGAAAAUAACAAGACAGUUUCAUACAGAGUUUCAUAUCAUCCAGCAGAUGCAGUUUGGGAAAAAAUAUCAGGCGUCAAGUUUGGUCCAAUGAUAUUAACAGCUCAAAGCAGAACAACAAAUGUUAUACUGUCGAAAAAAAGAUCAAUAGAAUUAGGAAAUAUUUUACACAACUUAAUAUAUGGAUAUAUAUAUAAAGGAGACAAUGUUAGGCUGACCAUAGGAAAAGAAUCAAAAAAUGUAAAGAGUGGUUCUCCUUUUUUCUUACCUAGUUUUAUGGACUGUAGUAUACACAACGAUGAUGACUCUGGAUCCGCUAAAAUAUUUUUAUGUUUUGUUUAUCUAAAUUAA